CUCAUUGUGGUUAAAUCUUUAUCGCGAUGAAAACUCGCAAUGAAAACUCCGGAUAAAAUUUUAAUUGAAUUAAUUUUGCUUUUUUGUGCGUACAAUUUGCAAGCAAACGAAGAAGAAACCCUAAUUAAAGAUUUCCUAAUCUGCCGGGCAUGCGGAAAUGAUGUGGCAGUAACAAACUUUUUCCUGCACAAACUCAGCCCACAGGCAAAGUACGCCGCGAACGAGACACUCUUUGAUGACCAGAAGACGCUUGUGCAGGAACUUGAGAAUCCCUUUGGUAUACGCUACCGUGUUGUGCUCCUGAGACACGCAACGUGUGCCCAGAUCGAUAGUGUACAAAUCAAUGAUAUUUCUGAAACACUUGAGUGGAGCAACUACUUCUCCUGGUUUCCCGGCUACGCAUGGAAGUUGUGUCUUUGCAGCAAGUGCGGAACACAUUUGGGGUGGAUGUUUGAGCCAAUAGAGACAGCUACGGAUUCUCAGGCACUUCCUACGAAGGACGGUUUCUACGCAAUUAUCCUGCCUAAUAUUAUCACAGAAUCAUUUGUAAAUUCCCUGUUGAUGCGUGAAAAGAUCUUGAGAGAAAAUUAAGUUCGUGAGCAAUAUGGUCGAUCCACACCGCCACAUCCGGAACCUCACGGAGGAGCAGAAGCAAUUUCUGGAAGAAUGUGAAAAGGAAUUUACCCACCGCUUCACUGAACGUGACUCUGAAUUCGCUGAAUUCCUUAAGCGUGAACCCCGUGAGUCGCCUAUUGUGGAUCCCUGGAUGAUGGGGCAUUCCAAUCGAAAUCAUGGGCAUCGAAAUGAUAAUUACCAAAGAGAUGGGCGAUAUAGGAGUGGCAGGAAUGACUACAGAGCACAUGGGCGUAAUUACAAUCAACACUACUCUCGCAGAUAUUAGCCAUUUGAUUAAAUUGACGGAUCCCCUGAUAACUUCCGGAUAGUGGAGUAAAAAAAAAGAAAGAUUAAAGAAAAAAUGUAAAUACGAUUGUUCUGAAAAUUCGUAUUGAGAUGCAAAAGCAUCAGACUGUGUAAAUAAAAGGAUUUAAAUACUAAACAAA